GCUUUGGAGGGAGUUGGGGAGUUGUCCGUAGACUGGCGAUGUCAUACCAAGACAAUGGCCAACGCCACAGAGAGGAUAAACAGCAUCUCAUCCAACAUCAGACUUGUCACUGACUUUGUCCAGAAAGCAUGAUUUUAACAUCACAUGUACACCAGAAUGAGGAAUGUGAUAAGAGAUUCAGUUGAUGAAAUUCAGUUGCAAUGCUGCUGGCCUUGCAGAACCACAUUCAUCUGGCACAACAGAGUCAUAUCAAAGUGCCAAUGGAAGUGGUCUAAAUGUUAUCUUUGAAGCGGAAAAUCACCAUGGAUAAUGAUAAUGAAGAUUGCAGUAUGGAGCUAAGCAUUCCCCGACUCCACUGUUUGUCAGAACACAUUGGGUGGAAGAAAGAAGAUGUGAAAAAGCUCUUUGAGGCUUUAGUGGACCGUUUUAUGUGCCAAAACAAAAAACAACAAAAGGUUAAUUUUGACAAAUGGAUGGCAAAAAUACUGUACACAAUAGAAAUUCACAAAAUCGAUGCAGCAAUGAAAAUUUCAGGAGAUGCAGGAGAUUUCAAUGUUGUUCAGUUAGUGCAGGAUUCCACAAUUGAUGAUCCCAAACUGUUUAAAUUAUUAGAGUCAGAGAGAGAGCAGAAUCUUGAGGAGAUCCUGAAAGACAUUGCCAGACAGCAUGAUGGGGUUCAUGACAAUUUGAUUGAAAAGGUGAGAGCAAUCGUGUCGAAUGUUUCCAAAGCCCUCAAGCAAAAUAACAAGAAAGUCUGUAAAGACGGAAUGGAGGAAACCCUUUUUGAUAUAUGUAAAGCGGUGCAGGCCCAAACAAAGCAUUGGAAGCCUCGUUACACACAGAUGGUCAGCUGGUGCAUUUUGGCACUCUCCCAUAACAGCUACCUGCUUCAGGUAGGCACAGGUGAGGGGAAGUCGUGCAUUGUGGCAAUGUUUGCUGCCUACAGAGCUCUGAAAGGUCAAAAGGUUGACAUCAUCUCCAGUUCCCCAGUGCUGGCCGAGCGGGAUGUGGAGGAAUGGAAGGUGUUCUAUGAACAACUUGGGCUUACGGUCAACUGCAACACAAAUAAAUCAGAAGAGCAGUUAAAAAAAUGCUACAAGUGUCAUGUAGUGUAUGGCACUACAGAAAACUUUGCGGGAGACUGGCUAAGACACCAUUUUAAUAGAGAGUAUAUUAGGACUGACAGAAAGUUUGAAUGUGUGAUUGUGGAUGAGGUGGAUUCUCUCAUGUUGGAUAAAGGCCUGGAGGUUGUUUAUCUGAGCUCCACAAUGCCGGCUAUGCAAUGUCUUGACAUUCUUUUGUCCAGAAUAUGGUUUCAAGUAGAUCAACACAAGAAAAUGAGUUGGGGGGAAACAGCAGGCCCGAUUCGGCCCUUUGUCGACAUUCUACAGGAAUGUACUGGAUCCAAUGUGCAGCCCAUUUUAAAGUUGGCUGAGGACAGAGGCAUUUUCCCAACUGGUUUUGCAAAAGAAAUGACACAGCCCAAAUCCCAAGACAUGAUUCAAAAACUAGAAUGUAUCAGCCAAUCCCAGAUUGUUGAUUUCUUCAAAGUUGCCAAAGAGAAACUUCUGAAUUAUUCCUUUAGCUUGUUUCAAGAAGAUGGUCAACAGAAAGUGAACAUGGCACAAAACGGAGAUGAGGGGGAUCGCCACAAGAUUUCCUUAUUGUUCCUCAAAGGAGGUCUCUGCCGACGUUUGUUCCCAGACAAAGAGGCAUGUAUCAACUCGGUUGAGCAGACAAUUAAAGAGGAUCUACAAUUUAUUUGUCCUGAAGUUACGCCUGAAGACUCACCCAUCCCAGGCAUGCAGCACUUUAUCAAAGCAAAGUUGCGAGUGUGGGUUUUAAGUGCCUUUCAAGCCAAAGAGAUGGAUUUAGGGGAUGAAUACAUCAUACAGGGGCAGUCGGUGGUCCCUGUUGACUACACUUGCACAGGUGUUGUACAGAACAACAUGAGAUGGAGUAAUGGGCUACAGCAAUUUAUCGAAAUGAAACAUCAGGCUAAGCUGAGCAACAUGACAGCUAUAACAAACUUCAUGUCCAACGUGAGGCUUUUUAGGAUGUACAAGAGCCAGGUGUAUGGAAUCUCGGGCACUUUGGGUAACAAAGAGGAAGUUGAAAUGCUUGGGGAACUGUACAAAGGCAUGCAAACCUGUGUCAUUCCUUCCUUCAAGCGGAGAAAACUAUUUGAGGAAACAGGACAAGUUGAGAGAAAUGAGGAAGACUGGCUGAGCGAAAUCUGCAGUGCAGUCAAGGAAAAAGUCAGUGCAACAAGUUACCGUGGUGAGAGAGCUGUUCUGGUUAUUUGUGAGACAAUAAACCGAGCCAAGACUAUUGAGAAAGCCAUCACAAAUUCCCUCUCUGAUCAGUCCAUCCAUAUUAAAGUUUACACGAACAGCAACCUCGACUCCACUGAAAUCACUGGUAGGCCACUUCAGCCUAGAGAUGUCAUUAUUGCAACUAAUUUGGCCGGUCGGGGCACCGAUCUUAAGGUCUCCCAAGAGGUCAACGCGUCCGGAGGUCUCUUUGUGCUGCAAACAUUCCUACCGUUGAACAUCAGAGUUGAAAAUCAAGCCUUUGGUCGCAGUGGGCGUCAAGGGAAUCCAGGGUCUGCUCAACUGAUCAUGUGUUUCGAUCAUUUCUCAGCUUCGACCAUUGUACAAAUGUUUGGAAAUACAUCUCUCCUGCAGAUGUUAGCACAACGGAUCAUGCAUUUGCAUAUGGUGGUGCUGGAAAUAUGUGGCGAGCAUGUGAAGAGGAGACUGAGUGAAGUUUUGAAAGAGUUCAUCAAGCAAGAAAACAAUAGUCAACAGUCACGUGAGGAAAUGAUAGCAACUCUGGACAUAGUUGUAUCCUCCCUGAAAAACCCAAACAAAGCAGCUGUUAUAGAUGCAAAAAUGGCAAGGGACAGCUUAGUGGAGGAGAGGAUGUCAUCAUACCUGAGAGAAGACAUACCAAAAAUGACUAAGAAGGAAGAUCUCUUCUCUGAUUAUCUGAAGCUUCUUGAUGAGCUAUAUAAAAAACACAAAAACAGCAAAAAGCUUGAUGCAAUUGUUGAGUCGAUGCAUGAAUGCUGGGGCCUGUGGCUUCUGAUGCGUUUCAAUGAGAAUGAAACUGAAGAGACCCUGAAAACCACUUUUAGGAAUGCAAUGAAAUAUGCUCAAGAGUGCUUGGAAAGAGGGAAAUCUCCAUCGUCCGCUUUGUCUUUUUACACCAGAUAUGGAAAUGAAUUAAGGGUUCAGGGUCGUUUUGGGGAGAGCAUUGGGAUGUACACAAGAGCAGUGGAGGAAAAUGAUACGGAUGCCAUUGCCUUGUAUAACCGUGCACUCUCAGUCAUGCAUGCAAAGGAUCAAGGCUAUAUCACAGCAGCUUUACAAGACCUUGAAAAAGCUUCAGAAUCUGUUAAACUUUCCAAGAACAUCAUUGAAGAGAAAUUGGUGAAUGUAGUGAUAUUACAAGCAGAUCAACUCAAUGGAGAGAAAACUGGAUUCAUCAAACAGCUACAAUUGAAGAAUCAAUUGCUAACAGGUCUAAAAGACAACAUUGAUGAGGCUGUGCAGAAAUUAAAGGAUGCUCGUAACUUUGGAAAAAGAGUAAAGAUUAGUGAGUAUCCUGUAUCUUUUUUGCUUUCGGAAAUAAGGCAUCUCGUACAACUAUUUUGCUCAGUUGGAUUGCCUCAAUCCGGUCUACACCCUCUUCUACAUCAAUUAAAAGUCAAUGAAGAGUUGAAAAACCUAGAGGCUCUUGGAUUAACUCAGGUAUUUUGCCUUGAAACAACAAUUUCAUUGUCAGGAUUUUUUUCAAAGAUUUUCAAAGCUGAUUGAGGUUCCUGCCUUUGAAUUUACUGUAGCAAUCUACCAUAUCAAUAGUAUAUUUCAGUGUGCAACACAACAGUGUGUAUGUGGACUUUAUAGUUUGACUGAAUCAGAGGGUUGCCCGGGCCCUGCCGUGGCCAACCGGUAAGGCACUUGCCUGCCAUGUGGCUGACCCGGGUUAGAUUCCCAGCCCGGGUCCAUUGACAACCCCUCCCUGUCCACCUCUCACACUGUCCUAUCAAAAAAAGACAAAAAGAAUAUUUUAAACAAGAAGAGUCAGACAGUUGCACGUUUGAAUCCCACCCUUUCCCUUCUUUAAACCACCAUGAUUGAAGUGCCCUUGAACAAGGCACCUACCACAUUGUUCUACUGUAACUCUUAUCCUGUACCUAAAUAAGUGUAAGUUGGAAUUGUAAUUGAAUGCAUUAAAUACAAGUUCAUCAUAUCAUGUCAUAUCAUAUCACAUAAGGGUCUUUGUACUGUUGAAUCACAGCAUUACUAUCAUUCAGUUAAUACGUUACAUUAUGGUACAUUACAGUCAUUACAUUGCAUCUAUUUUCAGUAUUUUGCCCACUAUAGUACACUAUUGUGCAUUAAGUCAAAAUUACCAUCCUGUUAUAUCUCAUACUGAUGUUACGUAUCUCAUAUGUAAUUUAUUGUGAUCAUGUCUGAAUUUUGUAGUUAUUAAUAUACUACUUCACAUC